AUGUCGUGGCAGGCAGAAGAACUCAAAGAGAAGGGAAAUGCCUAUUUCAAGAAGGGCGAGUGGGCAUCAGCCGAGACGUUAUACUCCCAGGCUAUACAGAAGAACAGCAGUAAUCCUCUGCUUUAUACCAACCGCGCAAACUCGAGGCUUAAGCUGGAGAGUUGGAGAGAUGCGAUAGAUGAUUGUCUCAGGAGUAUAGAGCUUAUGCAGGAGAACAUGAAGGCGUACUUCUACCUGGCCCAAGCUCAAAUCUCCAUAAAUCAUCCUAAUGAAGCCUUGUCUUCCGCGCUCAUGGCGUACGAGAUGUGUAGUCGUUCCAAACAGCAGACCAACAACGCCCAGACCAUAUCGGCGCUUGUCCUACGAUGCAAGAAGGCGAAAUGGGAAAUUCGUGAACGCGACCGGCUACGAAGACGAAGCGUAGUACUUGGGGAUCUCAUGCAGAAGCUCGAGAUCGACAAGAAGCGAGACCUUGACGAACUAGACGAGAGGGUAGCAAAAGGUGGGGUGGGUAAAAUUGAGGCAUCAGAAGAGAGAGCUGAUAUCGAGAAAAACGCUUCGAAUCGAAUGGGUGACCUACAAACAGCGUUUGCAAUAUCAAAUCCGAAAGAGCUAGCAAUUAGGGAGGUGCCUGACUGGCUGAUUGACCCGAUAACGUUUGAAAUUAUGCAUGACCCCGUAAUUACCAAAAAUGGUAAUUCAUAUGAACGAGCCACGAUAAUUGAGCAUCUGAAGAGGAGCGCAACUGAUCCCCUUACCCGUGAGAUUCUCACGAUCAAUGACCUGAGGCCUAAUAUUGCUUUACGUCACGCAUGUCAGGAGUUUAUGGAACAGAAUUCAGGAUGGGUGUACGAUUGGUAG